GUGUUCCAGUUUGAAAAUGAGCAUGGAAGGCGGUGUGUAGGGUGGUAAUUUUCAAUAACAAAAACUAUAUUUUUCUAUAUCACCUUUCGUGAAUAAAAACAGAAAUUUUGUUCGCCGUAAUUAAUGUGCGUUCGAUUUUCUUCUUUAUUUUAUUAACAUGCUGUUAUUUAACGAUAAAUCUCCCGAAUCGUUCUCCAAUUCCUAGUCGUCCAUUGCAGUCUUCUAAGUCCAAAGAAACGUAACUUACGAAAUUAUCUAAUCAUAUUUAAUUAAAAAAAAAAUAUAUAUUAAUAUAUCUAAUUGUUAAUAAAUAUAUAUCACUCGUUACUUCUAACAAACAAAACGUUUAUUUAUAUCUUAACGAAGUUAAUAAAAUUAUAGUUUAAUUACGUGUCAAGUAGAAUAUAAUUAUCUUGUUAAGGACAUAAAAAGGAAAUUGAAAAGUCUCGAGUAGAUUAUUCAGUGGAAUCUUGUACCGUAGAAAUGAAUGAAAAAGUGAGCGCCGUUCAACUGUUUUCUUAGUAAAAUAAUAGAACGACCUUACUUACGUUGACGGCGGGUCAACGCCCACCAGACUACUCUACGUUAGUAUUAUUAGAGGGACUCUGUCUUAAGACGAUCGUGAUGUAAGUUUGGGCGCACGUGUCAUUGUUUUCGUUUAUAUACAAACGCGGUUGUGAUUGUGACUUCCAUCCAUAUUUAUUCGUUAUAAUUAUCAUUGUUGUUUCAAGUAAAAAUUUAUCUUAUAAUCAUUCUCUUUCCCACGAAUCAAUAGUUUAAACAAAGUAGUUUACCGAAUGAGUUCAUGUUAUGGAGGUAACUUGAAUAAGAACUAGGCAAAAUGGGAGAGGAAAAUCCGAGGAGGUCGAGUCAAGUUUUUGAUCCGUUAUCUCGACUAGGGGAACUAACAAGGUUAUCGCAUUCGACCCCCUCGUCACCCAGACUCUUACCUCGUAGAUUACGCGACGCGAGUUCGGUGUUACCGCCAUCUUUGGCGGCAUUCGAAGUCGUAGACGCGAGUGGUCACGGAAGUUGUAGCAGUAACAAUGGAAGUGUCAAUUGGCAGGAGAGAUGUCUGGAACUCCAAUUGGAGUUGCACAGGAGUAGAACGCAGGCUACGAGAACAAGAGAUAUGCUUCGAGAUAAGCUUUCCGAGUUGGAACAAAGGGUUUUGGAAGCGGAAGGUCGAGCAGAAGAGGCGGAAGACAAAGUACGAAUAAUGGAACAGAAGCUGGCGUGGUCUGUGCAGAGUGACGCCAACAGCGCCCAGAUCAACCGGCUAGAAGGAGAAGUUGAAGAACAAAGACAGCUGAGGUUACACGACGCUAAACAAGUCGAAGCUAAAGCUGCUCGAAUCAAAGAGUGGGUAACAAAUAAACUGAAAGAAUUAGAAAUACAGAACCAAACCCUGCGGGAACAAAACAUCAAAUGCAAUCAACAGUUGGAAUUGCUACGAAAUCAUCUUGCCUUAACCGAAAGGAGAAGAUCAGAAAGUAGUUCGCCGGAAGGAAGACAAUUUCCUCCGACGACAAGCAGUUCGCUAACUCAAAAACAUCGAAGACAUCAAUCGGUGUGUCUUUCAACUAACACCAAUUUCGAACCUGUGAUACCUAGUACUCUUGUAACUUCCGUCAACUUCGGUACUAGUACUUCCAGUAUGGAUCCUUUUACCGACGAAUUACGAGCAGCUGUAGAUAAUCUUAGUAUAGGAAGAAUACCUAGUAGUAGUGCCAGUGAUCCCGACAUAGCACACGACUAUGCUGAAAUUUAUACGCCUAGCAGAGAAAAAGUUACGUGGCCUAGAGCACCGACACCGCCUCUUCAUAGGUUUCCAAGCUGGGAGGACCGAAUAUAUCAGGUAGCUGCCGACGGUCUAACAUUAACUGAUACCACACCAAGUGAUUUAGGGCCUGAACAAGCCGGUUACCAAGAUAUACCAGUACCUGUUUAUGCUACAGUUAAGGGAAGAGCUAGUCAAAUUAGAUCUAUGCCAUUUACAGGUGAUUCGUCUGACGAUUCCAGUGAUGGUGAAGGGAAUAACACGACGGCUGUCGAUGGUACUAAUACACAUAGUCGAAGCUCGGGGGAUACAUCAGGAUCUAGUCCGGGAAAAAGAACGGCUUCCAGUAGCAGCGGUUCACCAAGCAAAAGUAAAACUAGAGGUGUUUCAGAUACUUCCUUCGAAUCGGGAAUGUCAGAUGAUUAUGCAGUUCCACCGGAUGCUCUAAGUUGUGAUACUACCAGCUUGGAAUCCUCGAUGCUUCUUAGAGCUUCUACAUAUCUAGAUAGUCCAAAGAGAAUAGAAAGUUUAGAAAAAUGUGGAUCUCUAGCGAAAUUAGGAGGUAAAUUGAAGACGUGGAGAAAAAAAUGGUUCGUACUGAAGAACGGCGUACUAACUUAUUAUAAAAGUCAGAAUGAUAUCAAUAGAAAACCUCAAGGUCAAAUAAUUUUAGAUGAAAUUUGUAAAAUAACGCGUGCCGAAGGAUCUAAUACAUUCGAAAUUGAUACGGGGAAAAAGACUUAUUAUUUAACAGCUGAUUCCCUAACUGCGAUGGAAGAUUGGGUUAGAAUUUUACAAAAUGUUCAACGAAGAAAUGCAACAAAAUUAUUAUUAAGCAGAGAUGAAAAUAAACCUAUAUUACAAGGUGUCCUCAAGAAAGUGAAAAACGGCAUUCCUCGAGAAUGUUGGUGUGUUUUAAUUGGAAAAAUGUUUUUGUAUUUUAAGAAAUCAACAGAUCCAACACCACAUGGCCAAAUAAAUAUGAGAGAUGCCAAAGUUGAAGAAAUAGAACAUUUAUCUGAUUCCGAUUCAGAAGAACAGGAUUCAGAUCAACCUAAAUUCACAGUAGGAAUAUUUCCUAAUAAUCAAGCUCCUACAUAUCUACAUUUUACUGGUAAACAGGAAAAAGAUGCGUGGUUGUAUCACUUAACAGUUGCAAGCGGAGGUGGACCGAGCACGGGCACUCAAUACGAACAACUCGUACACAAAUUGAUGGAGGUUGAUGGUGAUCCAAAUUGUGUCUUAUGGAGACAUCCUUUAUUACUACACGUGCCUUGUACCAAAGAUGGAGCCGUUCCAUCUUAUUUUCCACUAACAAGUUUACCGACCGAAGCCCUUCAAGCUGAGGCUAUAAAAUUGUUCAAAUGCCUGCAGUUGUUCAUGUCGGCAGCCGUAGAUCAAGCUGGUAUAGACUACCAUGUAGUACUUGCUCAAAAUGCAUUACAACAAUGCUUAGAUAUGCCAGAAUUACAAUCCGAAUUGAUUUGCGCUUUGGUAAAACAGACCAGUAAGAGUGCGCCUUUACCUAAACUAGGAGUCCAGGUAUCCACUCAAAAAUUGUUAAAAAAGAGCCAACUGCUGCUUUGCGCAACGCAAAGCCUAUUUACCUGCGAAACGAACACUCCGAGCAUAAAUAGCACCAUCUCUGAUCAACAAAUCGCCUUGUCAAAUCUACAGGCAUCGCAAGAAGAAAAAUAUAAGGAACAUAAAGAUUGUUACAAAGAACAUAAAGAUCCCAAAGGACCACCUAUUUAUACACUCCUGCAAGGCUGGCAACUUUUAGCGUUAGCAGUAAGUUUAUUCGUACCGAAGAAUUCCAUGUUAUUGUGGUUUUUAAAAUUACAUCUACAAAGGAAUGCUGAAAAUAGAACCGAAUGCGGAAAAUAUGCGGCGUAUUGCGAACGAGCGCUCGAAAGAACCAUUAUGGCAGGUGGUCGCGAAUUGAAACCAUCAAGAAUGGAAGUACUCAGUAUACUUUUGAAGAAUCCUCAACAUCAUUCGUUGCCUCAUUCGAUGCCCGUUCAUCUGGCCAACGGAACGUAUCGCAUUAUAAGUUUUGAUGGUUCAACUUCUAUAAAGGAAUUUCAAGAUUGUUUAGUACAAGACAUCGGUUGUCGCACUAAUAACGGUUUCGCAAUUUUUAGCGACGAUCCAAUCGAAAAAGAUUUGGAACAUACGCUAGAUCCGAAUGCGAAAUUGUGUGAUUUAAUAUCGAAAUGGGAGAUUGCUCUGAGAGAAAAAGGACUGGGAAAAUUCGAAAAUAGUAGAGUUAUUACGCUGACUUACAAAAAUAGACUUUGGUGGAAGAACAGCGCCAAAUUAGAAACCGAAAAGGAACGAUUACUUCUUUGUUACCAAACCAAUAAACAGAUUGUAAACGGAAGGUUUCCUGUUACCAGAGAAGCAGCUUUGGAAUUUGCUUCAUUAAUGGCCCAAAUGGAAAUAGGUGAUUGUCCAUUAAUUUCAAACGAAAGUCCUAGUAACACUUUAAGUCAGCAAGGUGCUUCCAAUCAUCAUAGGGGUCCCAAAUCUACAGGAAACGGAACUUUAAGUCCUCCUGGUUCUUUACAACAUUGCAGUUCCAUACAAAACUCAAGUACUUUGAAUACUGCCAACCAAGUAUUAAGUGCCAUUGAUAAGUUUUAUCCGCAGAGAUAUAGGAUUCAACUGAGUCCAGAGGGAUUUGCAGAACUUCAAACCAAAUUAAUAGCGAAAUGGAUAGCUUUGAAAGGAAAAACUCAAGGGGAUUGUGUUAGAGCGUAUCUUAAUUCGACAAGAAAAUGGCCAUUUUUUGGAGCUACUCUAUUCCAGGCGAGGUUACGUCAACCAGAUUCACCUAUGAGUUGGUUGGCGGUAAACGAAGAUGCAGUAACGGUCCUAGAUCUGGCAACGAUGCAACAACGUGUCAAAUACCCUUAUACGAACGUUCUCACUUUCGGCGGUUGUCAAGAAGAUUUUAUGUUGGUUGUUACACAAAACGAUCAACAACCUUCGCAAAAAUUGAUAUUUUCAUUAAGUAAACCGAAAAUAUUAGAAUUGACUUUAUUAAUAGCGGAUUAUAUGAAUUUAUUGAUCAACAACCCCGGUACUCCGCUGUUAGGAACGCUCAGCAGAGGUACGAUGGUAUCAGUUAAUCAAUCGAUCAUUAGUCAAACAAUAGCGAAUCAAAGUCAACCGGAUAUUUUGAAAUCGACUCCCGAUCACGGCGUUCAAAGAUCGGAUUCCAAACGUAGGACCCACGUCGAUUCUGGCCUAGCGUAAAAAUAAUUGCGAUUUAAUUUGAAAUGUGAUUUUAAAGUUUCUUUCAUUAUAUUUUGCCAUAAAAGCGUUUGGAUAAUGUAUAUAUAGCGAGAUAUUUAUUAUGAGCGAGUUGUAAAUAAAAAUUUGUUAUUAUUUGUUCGAGUUCGAGGCCAUUUUUAUCUAGCAUCUCAAUGUACAACAUAAAAGUUUGCUAUAUUACUAACUGAAAAAAUACUCCCAAUAUUCUCCAAAAUUCUACUUUCAUUAUUUAAAAAUGAAAACAAUUACAGCUUGUUUUCCGUAAAAUAUUUCUUCACUUAAUCACAGCUGAGAUAAUAGAGUAAUUUUUUAUGUUGAGCCAGUGAUAUGCUGCCCUUCUUAAAGAAGGAAAAUGUGUUGAUGUAAAAAGUUGAACUGAAGACAUUGUUUACUACUAUCACUAACUGACAUUCACAAUUACACUAUUUGGUCCUUCGAACCUCACGAUCCGGCUCGAAAGACCAGACAGUGUAAUUUUGAUUGUCAGUGUAGUUGUAGUGAACAGUAUGUUUAAUUUUAAUAUGACCAAUACAUCCAUAAAUUCGCACCCAGAGAAAAAUUCUGUUUCUGUAAAUUACUCCAACUUAAUAGGUUCUGAUAUUAGUUCAGGAAACUUUCUUAACAAAAUAGAAUUUUGAACUAAAAUUUUAAAUAAGUGAUCGACAAUAUUCUCUUUUUUCAUACCUGAAUUUAUGACUAUUUUCAACAACAACUUUCUUAUCGGGUAUUGCUUUUAUAGCCAGUUUUGGACCGUCAAAAGUUCUUCUUCUCUACAUACCAUUCCGAGCGUCAAAGUAUUACUUGUCCUGGUCUCCGAUGGUACGAACCGGUUUUAUUAUGUUGCUGAUGCUGGAAUGAUGUCUUCCUAACAAACCAGCAACAUAUCGAAUUGAAUAUCCUUCAUUCAGGACAGUCGAUGCUCGCACUGCCUCCUCCCUUAUCAAAGGUAAACUCUCUGUCUCUGAAGACGAAAAUUUGGUUAUCGAAACGCGCGUUAGACAGUAUUUAGUAUAACAGAAUAUGUAGAAAAAUAUGAGUGGUGCUUUAAUUUUCUCCAGUUUAGUUUGUGAUUAACAACUUCUACAAACUGUAUCUUUUCUAUUAUUUAGUAUCUACAGCUGGCGUCAAUUUGUUUGUCUAUGUGGAAAAAAUAGAAUUCCAAUCUUAUUUAUGUUUCUAAAAUGCUCAACCCCAUUUCUAAUAAUAAAAAAAUUGAAACUUUGUUUUCUUUUAAUCUUUUUUCCAAUAUUCUUCUCUCCAUGACUACCUUUAUACAUUUCAGAAUUACUUCGAAAGUUUUGUGAAGGAAGUUUCCAUAUUCGGUGUAUAUAAAUAACAAAAAGAAUGGUUUAUUUUUAUGUAAUAAUUACCAAAAUAUAAUCAGAGCCACGUAGUCCAGUGCCAAAGGCACAUAUUGGAUCUAAAUUCUUGUAAAUAGAAUAAUUAAUAAAAUACACAUUUUAAAAAGAAAUAAAUUGUGGAUUUUUUUUGUAUAAAAUUUCAUUUCGUAACUGUGAAAGCUUAAACUAGUCAUGUACAAUGAAACCGUUUUGUAUGUAUCUGAGACAAUAGCUACCGGGUAUUAGAAUAUGAGCGUAAUUGAAAUUUGUAAUUAAUUGUAUGUCAAUACACAAUCCUUAACUCUUGAAAUACUCAUUUUCAGUUUUUAUACUCAUAAUAAAAUUAUCAAUAUUUUCUUGUAAGUGCUGUGAUAUAAUUUCCUUCAUCUUUUCGCUUCCAUUUCUUUCGACCAUUAAUUGUUUUUUUUCAGUAUUACUUCUGUCAUACUAUUUCUUAUCCACACUUCCAUUGUUCAUCUACAGCUUCCCCUAAUAUCUAUUGGACUAAUCUAUCAUCUCCAUUAAUUUGUUUUAUUAGAAGGUUUGUUCUUGGUAGCUGCACUGGCAGAUCUAGUUCAGGAAGUGUACACUAAAGCGUUAUUUAUAGCAGAAUCAGCGCUAGUUCACUGUACUGCUUGCACUGAGUCUAGAAUCAGUUCAGCCAGUGCAGUGCAAGACAGUACAAUAAGUGUAAUCUGGAAAGGGUAGCGCUACAUCUUCGCCAUCGGACGAAUUUAAAUAUCAAAAAGUACUAAAUCCUCAAAUACAUCAAUCAAAUGCUCCAUUGCUCUCUGCACUAUAUCUUUCUUUGUAUCAGAUCGAACUAAUUCUAUACACUCAUAAACUAGCCUGCACUGGUCCAGUUCAGUACACUUCUAGUGCAGCUACCAAGAACUAACCUAAAGUUUAAAUUUAUUUGUCAGCUGUAGAUCUUUUUCUUCUUCUCUGUGGUGAUGGGUUCAAUCCGUAGACUAUCAACCAAGUCAAGUUAAAUUUUUAUGUAAUUUGAUUUAACUGCCCAAAAUUGCGUCAGGCUUACUCAUAAUCACGACUUUGCAGCUAUCCGAAAUUAUCAAAUUUUACAGUUACAUAAGCAGACUGCCAUAAAACAAGCAAUUGAGAAUACUGAAAUAAAAUCUGUUUCUAAUGUCUCUUCCUAUGCAGCUGCAUUCUAAUAGUUUAUGUCUCAAACUGCCCACUUCUUUGCACAUACACAUAGGAAAAUCGAUCACUUCAAUUUUGUAAAGUUGCUCUCAAUUACUAAAAUCUCAUUAUGUACAUCAUGGUGAUUCUGGUGGUCAAAACCAAGAAUUUUGAUUAAUUUUCUUUUUCAAUUUAAAUAGAUUUUGCAAAUUUCAGUCCAUUCCUCAUUCUAAAGGUGCCUUAUGUUUUUUUUUGAUGACAGGCAAUAAAUCUUAAUAGUUACAUUGAAAUUAAUAUUAUUUUCAUUAAGACUUUGCUUAGCGUGUUUCCGUGAACACCCAUUUGCUUGGCUUCCCAUAAACGUUGUCUUGCCAUUAGCUAUGAGAAGUCGGUAUUGGCAUCUAGCCUAAAUCUUUAUUUUUUGUAUUGCACUGCUUGAAUUCUUUAAAAUUAAAACUUCAAGUAUUUUCUGUUCUAUACUUUUUUUGAAAGCCACAACAAUUGCUAGAGUGCAUUUGUUGUAAUAAUGUUUCUGUUUCUAAAUCGUCUUGAUCCUUAGGUAUCUAAAAUUUGACACUUUUACUACUUUCAGAAUAAUUGCUUAAUGAAUAUUUUUCUGCAAUCCACACUCGUCUUCAAAUGAAUUUGUUGGAGUUGAACACGCAGAGCUUUAAACUAAAUUUUGUCAAGUUCAAGUUUUUUGGGAAACAUUGUUAAAUAAAAUGGAUCCAAAAUCGUACAAUAAUUUUUACCUCUGAUAUUAAUAUCGGGAAUUUCCUUUUUUUGAAAUAGCAUCACCUUUGAUUAUUCAACCGAGAGCUGCAGGUAGUGCUGUUCUAGCGGCCCCCUUAUGUUUUCAAUUUCUUCUUCUUUUUUUUCUGAUUAAUUCUACAGCACAUUUAUCAAAUCUAUGGCCUAUGAGAAUAGUCAAAAUUUUAUGUUGCGCUUAUGUUUUUGUAAAAACAGGAGAAAGGGAUUGUUAAAUUUCUUUAUACUGAAAAAUACUAUUAAAUAACUAACUUAUUAAAUUGUAACAAUUGCAAUUCUUUGUAUUUUCAGUGAAAUAUUUAAGAAGUGAUAAUUUUUUAGUAUAAACAUUUGAUACCCAAUAAAAACAACUACUUUAUUAAUAAUAAAAUAUAUGAUUUAAAAA